AGCAAGCCAUCUUUGUUCCCUUAGUCCACACUGCUAUUUUUUUUAUAUAUAUAUACACAGUGACACGGCGAAGACUAGCGGUAGCGGUUCUCCUAUAAUAAAUAUCCAUAGACGAGGUGCGGCGUAGGCUGUGAACUGAACGCAGAAAAAAAAGGAGAACGCGUCCUACUCAUAAUUAUCACUCCCUCAUUUAGAAUUAACAGAAGAGAAAAGCAGCUGACAAGAAGACUGGGACCAAAAAAGACAACCCACACUCCAUCCUAUUAAACAUAUACUCUUCUAGGAUUUAUAUACGUCAAUAACCCUACAAUAAGAGAUGUCUGCUCCAGCUCCCACUGCUGCCCCUGCAGCUGGAGAGAGCCAGGCCCCUCCCAACCUUACCAGCAAUCGGCGCCUGCAGCAGACACAGGCACAGGUGGAUGAGGUGGUGGACAUCAUGCGUGUGAACGUGGACAAAGUUCUGGAGAGGGACCAGAAGCUGUCAGAGCUUGAUGAUCGGGCUGAUGCACUGCAGGCUGGAGCCUCCCAGUUUGAGACCAGUGCUGCCAAGCUCAAGAAUAAGUACUGGUGGAAGAAUGCCAAGAUGAUGAUCAUCCUGGGGGUGAUUUGCGUGAUCGUCCUCAUCGUCAUCAUCGUCUACUUCAGCAGCUAAGCUGAGUGUGAAGCCGCACUCACAAUUGCCCUGGCUCCUGACGGCAAGAAAAAAAACCCAAGAUGAAAGAGAAAAUUACCCACCUCUCAUGCAACUGAUUAAUUAGCACCCUACAGAGCCUAAAUGUGCCCCUUCUGGAACCCCCUACCCUCACACCACCCCACCAGCUUGGGAGCCCUUUGUCUUGUGAGUCUGUGCUUUCGACUCCUUGUAAAUAGCUCCUGCAUUUCUUAUCUGUGAGUAACACUGAUUCCCAUUGUUGUUACUUAACGUAAAGACAACGCGAUUAUUGUUACGCACCAGAUUCAAUUAAUAUAUAUAUAUAUAUAUAUAUAUAUAUAUAUAUAUAUAUACAGUCUUUGUAGAGUUUUAUUCUGAGAUGUUUUUUGUAGGUUGUAUGUGGGUGUGUGUUUGUAUUUUAUUUAAUUUUUAAAAUUUUUGUAUUUGUUUACUUUGGCUUGAGGUUUCAGUUGCCGCCUGUUAAUCGGAGUGUCUCUCGCUCCCCUCUCUCACUUCUGGGUGUUCUUUUUUUUUUCCGUUUGUACAGAGGAUUUAAUUUAAGUCUCUGACUGAGCCGCUGCUUGCUCUGAAGCGGUAAUUUUUUUUUGUCCCGGAUAUAGUCAUAUGUAGCUGUUGGUCAGACUUCGUGGGGCUGUUUGAUGUCACUCCAUCGCGAACUUGCUUUCUGUAAACUGCCACAGUAGAAAUGGACCAAUAUAUGUAAAUGCGUUUAUUUUGUUAUUUUAGUGUCUUAACUCUUAAAACAUUCCUCAAUAGCAGUGUAUGUAUUAUGCUGUCUAUAUACCUUGUAUGUAAAAGAAUGUCUCAAAAAACAGAUUACAUUUCAGUAAGACAAUAUAACAGACAUAUGAUGGCAUAUCAGGUAACUCAAGAUUUUGAUCAGAACGUUAUUCUGGUCACGGGGAAGGAAGAUGGACAGAAAUUGGUUUUCAGAAUUGCUGUUCAUCUGGUAUUUGUAUUGUUACUGAUGUGUGAUGGGUAUUUGUUAGCUGGGAAACCAGCUAGGGAGGAUGUGACCUCCAGGUUAGGCUCUUCCGCUCUGCAGCGUAGGAGCUUGAAAUGUAAAGUGGAGAGUGAAUUGAAGGGAGGAAAAAAACUUUGCUUCUUGACAGUAAGAUUUGAAAACAAGGAAUUCUUAGUUUUGGUUGAAAGGAACUACAAGCACAUUCCCAUCCACAGCUUUGCGUUUUCACUUCUUGUGGGGCCUGCAGAUUUGAGGAGGCGGUGUUGCCGGGGGGGGGGGGGGGGGGGGGGGGGGGGGGGGGGGGGGGAAUGAUCAAAUCCAUCUGAGAAGUUGAGAAGCCGGUCCUUGAUGGCACCUUAUAGCUGGGCGUGCAGCCACUGGGGAAUCGGUAACAUCUGCAGAGACUGAUCAACUCAGUUGGGGCAAAGCUGUACCCGAAUUUUUUUCCAGGGGAAGAAUGACUAUAUAUAUAUAUAUAUACACACAUAUAUAUUACAGUUCUAUAUCUUAUUUGAACGAGUUGAAUAUCUGUAUCCAAUCAUUCAACAAGUAAUGACUGAGCACAGGCAGAAUGGUAUUGGCCUCCCUUGUUUGUUCACACAAUGACACACAAUGGCCUUACAAACGUCUGAUAGAGUGAUGGACUUCAGCUACUAAAAUGUCCUGUUUGGUUGAAGGCCGCUAGCUGUUCCAUCUCAAAGGUGAUUGCACUCAGGAAGGGCAAGCAGAAAAUGCUGCUUUUCCCUUCGCAGUCAGACAGACAGUGCGCUCCAUUUUGCUCCUGUGUGAAUAAAUGAGCAUGCAGAUGUUGCUGAUUUAACUUUCCUUCUGCCUUUCUCUUUUACUCCCUAGUUGCUGCCUUUUUUCGUUUUUUUUUUUUUUUUAUAAAUAGAAAUAGAUUAUAUUUUAUAUAUAUUUUUGUGCUUGGAAACCAAACAGGGAAGCCAGCUUGACAACAACCGUAUUUACUGCCACUUAUAGUGAGUGUAAGUUUAGCUCACGUGUUAUUUGCAUGUCGUAUGCGUGUUAUCUGUGUUUUGUAGUUGUAGUUAGCUCUAUAGUGAACACUGCCAAGCAACUAGGAUAUUUUACUCUGUUGAACUCUUUCCAUUCCUCUUCCUGAUUGGUCACAUAGACCUCCCUGCCCCCAACCACAUAUUUCAAUGCACAAGGACGACACAGCACAUCCCCAGCCCAUAUUUGUUUAGUCCAUAGCUGUCACCUGUCACAGCACCACAUGCCAAGUGGUUCAGCACCCCCACCCCAAAUCUGCACCAUGCCCUACUUUUCUCCCUUCUGGUUUCUGUGUGUCACCUCAUCCCUCUGUGGUUUAGUGGUGCCCUAGGAGUUCGGACUGGACUUGAUUUAGUCACCAGUGAUUCUCCAAUACAGCGUUUGAUACAGACCCUCCUAGCACUGGCGUGUAUGUAUGUCUGUGUCUGUUCCAAACACUUGACUUGAGCAGGGGAAAUCCCGAAACGGAUUAGUCAUCUUAGACCAAUAAGGUGAGCGUGGGCUAUUGUCAUGACGACAAAGAGGAUCAUGGGUGGAGGACAGAACACCAGCUGCAGCCAUUCAAGAUCAGUGUUGGGCCAGCCAUGGCGUCAUUGGCGUCACACAUAAAUUCCCGUUAGUUUUUCCAUCAUUUUUGUCUCUCAUGUCAUCGUAUCAUCCUCCCUCUCACCCCUCUUAAAGAUGAGGCCUUAGGACACAUUUAUCCUAUAAAACACAAUUCCUAUGCCCUAGGCUAAUUUUCACUAAAAUGACCAAAGACCAGCUAUUUUAUUCGUGCUGCCAGUUGCUGUCAAGACCUACGGUAAACAAAAAAGGUAAUUAUACCGUUAGUCUUUUAGAUGGGCUUCCAGGUUCUCUUUCGGAUUUAACUUUGGACUUUUUUGACUAUACUUUAAUAGUAUCCCUCACCCCCAUAUUCCCAUAAAAAGGAGAAAACCAAAGCUGUGGAAUUCCUAUCCAUGUGACUUAGGAAAUAGACAGGUGGAAAAUUCCCAAAGGGAAUGGUCAGCUGAGAGCUGCAGGUACAGUUACACAAAGCGAGCCAAUAAUCAGGGUAAUCUGCACAGCGCCAAAAUGCAAACGUUGCGAUAUUGUCAAGUUAGCUAAACAUAUGGUGUAAAAGACACAUACUUCUGAUUAACUGUAAUAGCACAACUCUUCCUUGGAAUUAUUUGUGUGUCUCUGUGAUGCUUUCAUCGAACUGAUAUAAAUGAAAAAUAUUUACUGCAACAUAAACUCUAUAGCUGUUAAAAAAAAAUCUAUAUAGUGUGAUAUUGUUGUGUGGGGGUGUUUUCGGGGAAGGGGGUUCCUAUUUUUCCAGGUAGGACAUUUUCCAAAGUAUAACAAAAAUAGCCCUGAAUUGUCCCUGAAUAAUAAGACAAUAAGGCAAUUUUGAUUCAAGGAUUUGAUUAAAAAAGACAGAAAUGCUCUCACCCAGGGGUCCUUGUCAUCUCAGGGGGUUGAAAUGACAUGAGACCACUUUUCUAAAUUCAAGACCCCUUUCUGAGGACCGUUGUUCCAUCAGUACUUGACAGACAAGAGGACCAACAAGAUAAAUUUUGAUUUAUAUGGGUGUAGUGUUUUUUUAUGUUGGAACAGUUUAUCAUUUACAUGUUUAUGAUGUUUUGGGUCGGUGGUUGGUUAUUGGCUGUGGGUGUGUGAUGGGAAGGGACAACAAGAUGUCCCCCCGCCCUGUGAACCCAGUCCUUUGUCUUCAAUAUUGGAGGGAACCUACGAAGACACUGGACCAUAGUAGGGUGGCGGCCAUCUUGUUUGUUCCUUUUGACCCCACUUGUCCACAUUCACUGCAUCUGUUUUUGCCAGUUAAAGUGCUUGAGCUUCACAUUUGUUGAGUUUCUAUUUUGGAUGAACUUGUGUGGUUCCAUUUCUCAACACUUUUGCGGGGAACUGAAGUAAAGGCACAGGUCUGAGGGACACCGGGCUCUGCAUAGCGGACAGACAAAACUCUGUGGUUUUGUAGGACUCAUGAGAUGAAGAACAGUAUAGGCUGACAUUGGAGGAAAUUGGGGGUGAAAGUAAAAACUGUCAUGUAACUGAAAUUUAGAAUUAUUAUUUUUUUAAAUUAAAUAAUUUUUUGGUUUUUCGCUUUUGGAGCAAUGUCCUGGAAAUUUACAGUUUUGAAAAAGGAGCCAGGCUGAUGUACUGAUAACUGUAUUUUCAUGAUCAUUAUUUAUUUAUGUUCCUACUUAUUGUUUUUCUUAUUUUGAAAGGGCUGAGUGGGGGGCUCUUGAAAGGUCUAGACACAUUACUCACAAUCGCUUGCCUUUUAGGAGGGAUUAGGUUUGUAGAUCAUGAGUAAUGUAGUCUUAAAUACGUUUUUAGUUUAGUUAAUUUCCAUUUUAGUUGGAGAUUAACAGAAUGGAUAUGUAACAAUAAAUGAUUUCAUAAACCACAAUUCCAUAAACAAUUGUAGAGCAAAUCUGUUCUGUCAAUGUCAUAUGCUGACAAAAAUCACUGGUAAAUAUACAUAUAUAAUAUAUAUAAAAAGAAUCGAUAAUUAUGACAACCUGUGUUUCUUGUUCCGAAUUAGAGAAUCAAAGUGUGUGUGUGUGUUUGAAAACAAAUGACAACCUUAAAAAAUAAAAUAUAUAAUAAAAUGGAACCAUACAAUUUUGA